UUUCUUUUUUUUUCAAUAUUUCAUUCCUUCCUUCUUUCCCAUCUUCGUCUACGUUGUAGUGCGGUUAAUCAAGCAUGAGAAUCCCAUUUUGAUAUUGUUUCGACCGUACCUCGGGACCAUGGGUUUCAGCUUCCGUAAGCGUGGCACCACUGAAGAGAUCACUCUCGCGAGCAUCUCCUCCUCCAAUGAAGUAGUGGAGGUGACCGGUACUGCGGCUCUGAAUACAUUACAGCAAUUCGAAGAACAGCAUAAAUUCGACCCCAAUCUACCGAUCCCGGAACUCAAUGUCAUCGAUGCCGCUCUCGCUGCUGGCGAUGCAGAAAAGGGUGUUGAGAUCGAGACGACCCUCGUUGAGGAGAAUAGCCCCUAUCCGGAGGUGCGCGCCGCUGUAAGAAACUGGGAUGUCGACUUGCCGGCCAACACGAUUCGCGCCUGGGUCAUUGGCUUGAUUCUGUGCACGGUUGGGUCGGCCGUCAACAUGCUGUUUUCGUUGAAGAACCCUACCAUACAGAUAACCACAUAUGUAAUCCAGCUGGUUGCGUAUCCGGUCGGACUAGGAUGGGAUUUGAUCUUCCCUGACCGUCAGUUCUCUAUUUGGGGUGUGAAAUUCAACUUCAAGCCAGGCAAGUUCAACUUUAAAGAGCAUGUCAUUAUAGUAGUCAUGUCGAAUGCAGCCUACGGGGGUGGCUUCUUGUAUGCCACAGACGUCUUGAUUGCUCAACAGGUCUUCUAUAAGCAGCACUUCGGCUGGGGGUUUCAGUUGUUAUUUGCCAUCACCACUCUUUGUACGGGAUAUGGCCUAGCUGGUUUGGGAAGGCGAUUUCUUGUCUGGCCAGCUGCUAUGAUAUGGCCUUCAGAUCUCGUAAACGCCUCGCUAUUCUACGCGUUACAUGACCAUUCCCCUCCUGACCCUUCCUGUGCAAACGGCUGGAGAAUCAGCCGAUAUCGAUGGUUCUUAUACGUACUUGGGGGAGGGUUUAUAUGGUAUUGGUUUCCGGGUUGGAUCUUCCAGGGCCUAUCUUAUUUCACCUUUAUCUGCUGGGCCGCCCCUAAGAACGUCGUGGUCAACAAAAUCUUUGGAGGUUUACACGGUUAUGGUUUGCUACCGACUACUCUGGACUGGACAGUCGUCUCUGGAUACGCGCUUUCUCCGCUUAUCCCCCCUUUUCAUGCUGUAGCCAACACCGUGGCAGGCGUCGUUAUCUUCUUCAUCGUUCUUUCGAUGGGCCUGCACUUUUCGGGGCAUUGGUACGCGGAUUACUUCGUCGUUCAAUCUUCCAGUGCGUUCGACAAUACCGGCGCCGUGUAUGAUGUCUCCAGGAUCCUGAACGAAGAUCUGGUAUUCGACGAGGAGAAAUAUAAAAGUUAUUCCCCCCUGUUUCUCUCUACUCAGUUUGCUAUAGCAUACGGCUUAUCGUUUGCCGCCGUCGCCGCCGUCAUUGUCCAUGUUGCGUUGUAUAACGGAAAACAAAUAGUUUCGCAGUUCAAACUUGCUCGCAAACAGUCGGACGACGUGCACAUGAAACUGAUGCAGAAAUAUCGAGACGCGGAGGACUGGUGGUAUCUCGCCCUCUUCGCUAUUAUGAUUGGCCUCUCGUUUGCCGUGUGUACUGCCUGGCCAACUGGGUUUCCCGCAUGGGCUUAUGUCGUCUGCAUCGCGAUUCCGCUUUGCUGGACGAUCCCGAUCGGAAUUGUGCAAGCCAUCACAAAUAUCCAACUUGGGCUGAACGUCCUGACUGAGUUUGUCAUCGGUUACAUGUUACCUGGUCACCCUCUAGCGAUGAUGAUGUUCAAGAACUAUGGCUAUAUCUGCAUGUCGCAGGCUCUCUAUUUCUCGCAGGACUUGAAGCUUGGCCAUUAUAUGAAGGUGCCUCCUCGUGCCAUGUUUUGGUCGCAGCUUGUCGCGUCGGUUUGGUCCGCCGUUGUUCAAAUUGCCGUCAUGAACUGGGCCCUAGGAACCAUCCCCAACAUCUGCGCCGAUGACCAGGUUGACAACUACACCUGUCCGAACGGCAGGGUUUUUUACACGGCAUCAGUCAUAUGGGGUGCCAUCGGUCCUCGCCGUAUGUUCAGUGGCGACGCUCUCUACGCCUCCCUCCAGUGGUUCUGGCUCGUUGGUGCCAUCGCUCCCAUCAUCACCUGGUUUGCGGCACGCCGCGCUCCCAAAGCUAUGUUUGGAUUUUUCCGCUCUAUCAAUAUGCCGCUUGUUUUCGGAGGUUCAAGUAUGAUACCGCCCGCUACAUCCUACACGUAUCUCUGCUGGGGAGCGGUCGGCAUGCUUUUCAACUACUACAUCAAACGAAGGUGGAACGGCUGGUGGCUACAGUAUAAUUACAUCACGUCGGCGGCUCUCGAUUGCGGCCUUGCGAUUUCAACCAUCGUUAUUUUCUUCACUCUCUAUCUCACAUCCGCCCAGCUACCAAAAUGGUACGGGAAUUAUGAUGUUUUCGACACGCUUGACCAAACCGGGAUGGCGAUCAAGAGCUUUGUUGCAGAGGGGGAAACCUUUGGCCCGGCGUCUUGGCCGUGACCGUGAUCGUGGCCGUGGUCGGAGUCGUGAUCAUGACCAAGAUCAAUACAUUUAUAGAUAUGCCUAUUGGGUGAUUGGCCUGUUAGCAAAAUAUGAAAGAGCAUAUUUACGUGACG